CGAGCUUACGAAUGCAACUAUUACUCGGUUUGUUUUGUGGAAUUCUGGGAGCUUCCCUUGUGCAUUCGGAGAGUUUACAGGAGGCGAAAUGUGGUUAUUUCAAUGAGGAGCAGCUGCUCAAACAGAACGAAUUUGCGGUGCCAACAGAGCAUCAAUGGCUGGCGCGGAUAACCUAUGAAAAUGGACAUGAGGCCAAGUUACCCAAUGAUGGCUGUUUGGGUGUCCUGAUUUCUAAGCGCAAUGUGCUCGCUCCUGCCCACUGUUUUGUGCAGUACGAUGGGCAGGCGGAUGCAUUCUCCGUCCAGUUGGGUGUGUGGAACAAGAGCUCUAAUGCACAUGAGGUUAGCUGCGACAAGGAUGGAUACUGUGUGCUGCCGGCCCAGGACAUACCGCUGGCCGAGAUUGCAGUACAUCCCGAAUAUGAUCCCCUGACUCUUAAGCACAGUCUGGCCGUGCUCACACUACAGAGAGAUGCCAAGUUGACGCCAACAGUGAUGCCAAUUUGUAUGCCGCCUCCUUCGCUGACCAAGGAGACGCUGGUGGGACAAAUGUUCGUUGUCGCCGGACUGCCCAUCAAGGAUUCGCUGAAGCACAAGACAUGGGUGAACACCAUCAGUCGUUCCUAUUGCCAGAAGGAGCACAGUUCAUUGAUUACCAGCAGCACCACCGUGUGUGGCUAUCAGGAUCGCAUAAAGACCUAUUAUCAAGGUGCUCCGUUGGUGGGCAUUCAAGUGGAAUCGAAUGUAGCACAGAAUUUCUAUUUAGUUGGCCUCUUAAUGGACUCGAAGCGCAUGCAAAAGGCGGAAAGAAUUGUCUCCAGCUUCCUCGAUGUGCGACCCUAUCUCGAUUUCAUUAGGCUCAACACUGACUCUUUAAUUGUACGAAAAAAUGGACCCGAUCCUCGUAAAUAAAACAGCAACAGCUGGUCGUGUUAAUUAUUCAGUUAGGCCUCAAAAAUUCACUUUACUUUCGCUUCGUGCUCAUGCAAAAUGCAAAUUGUUUAUAUACUAUUAAUAGCUAAUGUGAGAAAUAUGCAAAUUGCAGCUGCUUUUUGCCAGGUUUUAUUUUCCGAAAAACUUUAACUGUAACUAUGAAAGCAAACUCUGACAACAGACAAGCGACAACCGACAGGCGACAUCAACAGUGCCAUAAAAAAA